UACAAGUCGGCCACAAAGACAACGGGAGAUUAUAUCACCACAGUUACGAACAAUUUCUUAAAAGAACAACAAACCGAUCCUUCUAAGGAAUCAACUAUACACACAGCGCUGUUUCUAUUCUUUCUUCCCUCUUAUCUGUCACAUCGUGCUGUGAUUUCGAUUCGUGAAAUACAUAGAGCUGCUGGACAUAUCUUUGUUUUAAUACCUGCUUCAUUGCACAGUUGCUAUCUCGCGGAAACGAGCACACAUUGUGCAAUAUAAGGCAUGUCUACUAAAGAAGCAACACCAGAGUCUGGUAACUCGACAGAAUCAAGCUCACAGCUCGCGGUGGUACCGAAGGCGCAUACGGAUCUUAAACAGAGGGAGUACAAGAGACCGCCAUUGACGAACCCAUAUACCCAUGUUAAGAACUACUCACAUGAGGCAACGACGGUUCCUCCAUUUGUCCUCUACGGCAUUGCGAACAAUCAGAAUAAUGCGAUGCAGCAUCACAAGUGUAAAGAUAUUCGGCACCAAGAUCCAUUCUUGGUUUCGAUGAACAAUAACUGGGGAACUCUAAUGGAGGUUGUUGAUAAUACGCCUGCGUUUGCCGAUGGUGUGCUAUACCAUGACACUGAAGCGUUAAAGGGUUUACCAACGCUAGAGGGGAAAUGGGGUGGUGAUGAACGGUUGAAACAUUACUUGAAUAACGAAGGACCACCUCCAGAGAAAGGGAAGUUGGCAUUCAACGACUUCAACUCUGAUUCCUCAUCUGAGACGAAGGACUAUUUCAAGAGGAGGUCAAAGGCUGGCUAUUGGAUGUCGACAGAGAAAAGAGAAGAAUGGUUGCCAUAUCUCAAGAGGGUCUUUCUCUACAACAAUUACAUCCCUCUGUGUUUCCGUGUGGUUUUGAUUUGUCUAUGUGUCAUCACUUUGGCAAUUGCGAUUAGAAUCUUUAGAAUCUCCAAGAGACAGUACUACGUUACCUCGGGGAUCACGUCAAGCGUCUCACAACAACCAAGUACAAUCAUGGCGAUAUGUGUUCAGACAAUUGCAUUGGUGUACUUGGGUUACAUUACUUAUGACGAGUUCAGCUCUAAGCCAUUAGGUAUUAGAAACCCAGUGGAGAAAAUGAGAUUGAUCUUGUUGGAUCUCCUCUUCAUCAUAUUUUCGAGUUCAAACUUGUCACUAUCAUUCAAUACUCUGUAUGAUAAUCGAUGGGUUUGUGUUGCAGAUGAAGAAAGCUCAUCUCCAAGAGUUGGAACCAUUUGUCGUCUACAGAGAUCGCAAUGUGCCUUCUUGUUUGUUAUUUUGUGUACUUGGGUGGUCACUUUUGUAAUCAGCAUCAUUAGAGUGAUUCAAAAGGUAUCAUCACCAGGUGCAAUGUCUUAGAGUUUCUCUCGAUAAUUUUUAAUGGAUGUAAUGAC